UUGUACGUUCUAUAUUCUGAUCCGAGGAUCAGCUGGGUGCAGCAAUAACAUUAGGAAAUAUCUGCAGAAACUCGUUUUUAAAGGCAGAUAUUGUAAUCUUAAACAGUGUAAACGCAAUUUUACACGUUGCACUUCUUCUAAGAAGAAUAUAUUUUUAUUUUAUUAUAGUGUUAUAACUACCUCAUAUUAAGAUACCUAAAGCUAUGCUUUAAGAAUUUACUGUCAUUUUUACAGUUUGCUCAUCACGUUUACAACUUGAAUAAUACUGCAAAGGCAGGCCUUUGCAUCGAUACCAAGUAAAACCUUAAACUAACACUCUGAAAAUCCUUUGCCCAUUUGGGAAUCUUGUGUCAACAAGGGCUUGAAUCAAGAGGCCAACGCAGCAUUUUCACAGCUUCUGUCGUUAUUUGACCUUCAACCUGUUAACCUAAAAACUUGAGAAAAAUAAUAAUAAAAAAAGAAAACAAAAAAUAAAAAGGCAGCUUUCUCUCAGGAUCGUGUCCACGUCGACCCCCUUCUCCACUUUGCUGCCCCCUACUGGACGGUGAUGUUCCAGCGGCUCAGCAGCCUGUUCUUUGGAGAGGUAGAAGAUGUGUCUGCUGAACUCAAGGGACCCAACCCAUGUGUGAGCGACGCUGAUGAGGAGGGAUGGCUUAUGGUCAGCCUGCCAGAGAAUAACGACCGCUUGAUGCUGGGGGAGGGCGGAGCCGAGGCGCCCUCGAUAGCACAGUCCCUGCCCGACAGUGAGUGUCCGAGGGCCGGGUCGGAGCAUGACCCCAUGACCCCCCUCCCCGCUCCCUGCGGCCCGUCCCACCUGCCUAGCGGCGGUCGCCGCAGGACUAAGGCUAGCAGGGCACGAGUGGCGGCCCUUCCCUCCCCUCUCCAAUCAACCCCCGCCGCCACCGCCUCCUCCUCUCCUUCCUCUUCCUCCUCUCCCAUUUGCCAUGCCCCCUCCUCCUCCUCGGGCGGGUUAGUAGGUGUGCGUGGUGCGCUGCCCAGCCCUGCCCCCCGCCCCCGUGGCUCUGCGCCCGUGUCGCCUGGCUCCUGGAGCGACUGCAGCGGCGGCAGCAGUGGUGGGCUGGAGCGCUGCGGUAUGGACGAGAGCUGGUUUGUCACCCCUCCCCCCUGUUUCACUGCAGAGGGAGCCGCAGCCGAGGCUAGCCCCAUGGAGGACCUGCUCAUCGAGCACCCCAGCAUGUCCGUCUACGUCUCCCCCGGCAACCUGUCCAUGGUGGAUGAGAGCUCCGCCAGCCUGGCAGGCAGCGUCAGCAGGAUGGCGGAGUCGGCUUCAGCAGCUCUCCCUGCCCCCCGGACCAAUCUGCCCCCGAGGGUGACUCGAGGGGCGGCUGCCCAGGCCGGCGCCCUGGCCAAGGUGAGCCAGGUGUCACGCGUGCAACGCUCCAAGGCCCGCGUGGAGCGCCGCCAGCUGGCCCGCAACCGCGUCCAGCGCCAGAACCGCACCCGCGAGCAGUUGCCCCGCCACGCCACCCACGCCCGCAAGAGCUUCCUGCACCAGCCAUGCCAGCGCAACAUCUGCCACUAAGGGGGGGGCAGCUGUCGAUGUCGGGGCACCCCCCCUCAACACAGCGGAGGAGUGGAGCCGCUUACUCAGAGGGCAUUAUCACCCCCCUCCUGCUCCUCCGCCUCACCCUAGAUCCUUUACCCCUUAGCCCAUAGAUAGCCUACAUACCCACUCAUUCACUGGUAGAGCCUGCACAUAGUCCCUGUCCUAUAGGUAUAAUCUUUAUUAUGUAUCGUCGGUGUUGUUUCAAGAUGAAUUUGUGUGAGCAGUAGCCGUUCCCGUCCACAUAAGACGUAACAUGGUAUCGAGCAGCCCCCCCCCCCCCCUUCAAGUUUCACAGUUUUUACUUUUUUAUUUUUGCUCCCAUCACACCAUGCUGUGGGAUAGUUGUUAAGCCUCCUCAAUGCUCUUAAUGAUGUCAAAAGCAAGCUUCGCCCAUCUUUGCUCAGUUUCUCACACACCCUAAGUAGUCUGGCUGCAGGCCUACUGAAACGAGAGUUGGGAUACAAAAGAAGAACAAAUGUUUUAGAUGCACUGUCUCUUUAUUCUACAUAAGACAGCCUUCUUGCUGAGCAUACUCAUGCAAGGUCAACAUAAUCACUCAUCAUGCAUUUCUCAUAGGUGACAUGUAGUUACGUUAAUGCAUAUAUUCACCUAAAGAUAUGGAAUUAAACCUAUGAUAUUGGUAUUGAUGUCACCAUGUAACAUCUGACCAACAGAGAAGCAUGUGAAGACCAUUCAGCGUUAGACAGAAAGGGAGUGUGGAUGGGCAAAAGUUCUCCAUGGGAAAUCUCACAUCCUUUAUUUGCUUUUUAAAUGUUUGAUUUGGAACGUUGAGGUCUCCAUUUUACUUAUUCGUUUCACAAUUUAACCUCAAUUAUGGGCUGAGGAUACCAAGGUGAUGUGUGGUUAAAAGGCUGACCAACUCCUCGAGGAAUGUCAUGCACAUAUCGUAUUUCACAGAUGACAUGGUAUGACAUGGCCAAGAAUCUUAUUUUAUUAAAAUGUCGUAACUUGUGCAAAGACAGAGGAAGGGUCAGUUCUUAUAGCCAACUCACAGAGAGGGCAAAAAGCAUGUAGAGGAGGGUGAGAGGGGGGAAUGAAACAGACUAAAGAUGUCUCAAAAAUGUUAGGUGGUCGAAUAGGGGGGAAAAGAGUUGAGGGGGAGUUAUGACAGGUAUUGGUAAGUCAUGUAGCCUGUCUUUAUGCAGUGGAUGGCUUAAAUGCUAUUCUCACUCUCGCACACAUUCUCAUCAGCACAAUAGCAGAAUGUCACUUGCAAGAGGCAGUGCCAUAACACAAAGGGGACUUACAAUACAAUUUUUCAUUAAAUGUAUGGAAUUGCAAUGUCCUCAGUGUUAAGAUAUCAUUCACCUAAAGAGUACAUAGUUAAUAGCCAGAUGCUGCGACAGGUUACAGGGUGUGGUGGAGAUGUGAUGGUCAGGAAUGGUAUUGAGGGUGACACUUUAUUUAGUUUGAUUUAAUUUGACAUCUUAUCAUUUGUUGGCUAUAGAGCCUUUAAACCAUGGAUACUUGUGCCCAUCCUGCCCCCUAGCUGUUGAAACGUGCAUGUGCAGUGCAGACAGGCUCUUCCUUUGUUGAAAUAGAGAUCCCGGUGCAUUCUGCUUUUAUAUGGAGAAAACUCCCCUGCUCAACACCUACAGUCUGGCUCGGCCCAAAGAGUUACUUGUCUGUAUUUGUCUGCAUAGAAAAACAAACACUUAAAAAUCAAGAGAACUGAGGUUGUAUCUUUUAAGACAAUGUUUUGAACAAUAUAGUAACAGCAUUACUAUUCCUGAGAAAAAAAAACAUCUUUUGUCUUGACUGAAGACAUUGGAAUUGUAUGCUUGUGUUCAUGUUUAUCCAUGCAUUACCUCGAUGUUACAGCUGAACUGUGGCGGCCUUACAGUUUUUGCGUGUGUUUGCGUGUAGCUACACUCCGGCCGGUCUCUAUGCUAGUCAGUGGGGGUUGCAGGGUGUAUGGGUGCAUUAUGGGUAAAGAGGUCAACCUCGCCAUAGAAACCCAUUCCGACUGAUGUCAUUUCCUCUCCGCCGUCCAUCAGUGUUACGUAUCCCGCCUCUUUCUCUCCCUGUGGCCCUACUUAGCAGGCUCUAUGUAUCAGUGUCCACCAACGUGUGAGCUACCGUUCAUGUACGUUUAAUAACUAUUAGACUAAUAAUAAUGGUGCUGAAGUAUAUGAAUAUAUAUACUAAAAACUUUGUAAAUUAUUCAAGACUUGGAUGUAAGUUUGCACUGUCUAACAAUUUUAUGGUGAGUCAAACAUUUUAGGUGUGUGUUGUGUGCUGAAUGUGUUUGUGUUUUGUAUGGGCUGUUAAGACCUAUGAGUGAGAGAAGGUAUGCUGAAAUGCACGACUUAAAAAAAAAAAAGUUAAGCUAUAGUAAUUUAUUUUUCACGUUAGUGUAAAUAAUUAACUGCAUCAUACAGUUUAAUGUCAUUGCUUUCUUUGUUCUGACUGCUCACAUUUUCCAUGAUUUGUCACCGAAGUAUGUCACAAAAUUUGUAAUUCAAGCCUUCUUGGUGCAGACCAGAUGUGUUCAUUCUGGCAUUAUAUACUUAAUCCGAAGUGUGGUAUGAAGUUACUCAAAAUCCUCCUACAUUUUUCUUUUCAAUUUUAUUUUCAGACAUAUUAGCUUUUGGGUUGGUACAUGUCUGUUGAUGCGACAACACCUCUUGAGUGGGCAAAGUUUGGUUGCUAUACGAUUUAUUUUGUUAAGUUACUUUUUAAGAUUGUGUGCAUGAUAGACUCUGUUUGCUUUAUCUCUCUCUCUCUCCAUCUCUCUGUCUUUUUAAUCACUUGCUUACAGUUUCCUCUCUUUUAACAGUCAACCUGUAAACGCUCAAUGUUGUAUCAGAAAAAAAAACGAUGAACUUCAAAUAUUAAUAUAAAUUUAUAUAUAUAUAUAUAUAUAUUUUGCCCAUUUAUUUGAUUGACUGUGUGUAUUUUUAAAUUUGGUUGUAUGGAGUAUAUUAUGUGUGGGACUCUGCGACUCAGUGGAUCCCAUUGGAAUGUAAUCAAGUGAUCAUCCAAUCCUAUCCUUGUGGGAGAACACAGCAGUGGAUCGCUUUAGUCCUGUGAUUGAGUGAUCAUCAUCCCCAUCCUAUUGACAUAUUGGCUUCUGGGGGUCCUAAUUUUGACUAGGGUGCAAGUCAGGGUGCAGAAAAUGCAUCUCUGGGAACUUUAUACCACUACAUAAUGUCAUAAUGUGUGCCACUGAAUCUCCAAUCCCCAGAUAAGGGGAGGGUCGCUGAGAUCUACUGGAUUCAAUGGGAUCCACAGCAGUGUUGUCUCUCCUGCUUGGUCCGCUCCCCUUACUUGUGACUAUGUCCCUUAUUGUUUGUGUCAAGAGUUUAAGAGAUGUGUGAGCUGUAUCCAGGGGCCCCUGACAGACCAGGAUAGGGUUGAGGGACUGUAGAUCUAAGUGUGUGUGUUUGUGCGUAUGUGUGUGUAGCCAGCGUUAAAUGAAAAAAAAAAAAAAUAGGGAGACAAGGGUUAGAUAUUGAUUUUAAAGUAUAUGCUUCCAUGAACCAUAAAAAAAUAUUUUAAAAAGCAACAAAACCAUAUAAAAAUAUACAUGCUUGCAUUAUCCCAUGCUGUUAUUAGGACAGUUGUUCACCGUAUGUAAUGUAAAAAAAAGGGGUAGAAUAUCAAAGGGGACUUUUGUUUUUGUUGUUUCAUUUGCUCUGAGAUGAUGGCAGCUUUUGAAAUGGGAGUGUUACCUGUUUCAAAAUGUACCCCCUCCUCAAAAACACCCCCAAAAAAGUACUUAUGGAGUUAUACAAAAAAGUGAUUGGUGUAUCUGAUAUCUAUGGUGAUUGUGCCUUUCACUACUCUGCAUGGUUUUUGUGAUGUGCUGACUUUCCAUCCCCGAUAUGGGCUGAGCCCAUGAGCAGUAGAAAGACCUAUGCAAACUAUACUAGUGGGGUUCCAGCGUCCAUUCAGAAAUGCAGGUAUCGGACACACAAAAAAAACAACAAACAAAACAAUAAACUCUCAGGUUGA